AUUCAAAUACUAUAUACGUAUAUAAUAUUUGCUACAUUUCAGUAAUUUUGUUAAAUUCUUUAUUUCUGUGCCCUAUGGUUUUACGUCAGUGUGGCAGACACAAUUAAUAUUACUUACCAUAUCUUAUUGUUUAUUGCCGUGACAACGUAAAUAUUCAAUAGAUUCAUACUUAUUUUUUAGUCAAUCCCUUUGUCUUUUUUUGUGUCUUAUAAAAAACAUUUAAUUCAAAUCAAAUCAAAUCAAAAACGAUGGGUGAAGCUAACGAAGGGACCCUUUUUGUAGUGGAUGAAGUGAGUGAUAUUAUAAAGGACUCAAUUGAACAUUCAAUUGGCAGUCAAUUAUACCAACAAAAUAUGGUAAAUAAAUGGACAGAUUCUGUAGUUGAGAAUUGCCUUACAAGACUUUGUAAAUUAGCCAAACCUUUUAAAUAUAUAGUGACGUGUGCCAUCAUGCAAAAGAAUGGUGCUGGUUUUCAUGCAGCAAGUUCAUGUUAUUGGGAUAAUUUGACUGAUGGUAGUUGUACAGUUAGAUGGGAGAACAAAACCAUGUAUGUUAUUGUAUCCGUUUUUGGCCUAGCUAUCUGAAUAAUCAUUAAAUUUCUGUAUAAAAAUAAUUACAUGUUUACACCAUUAAAUAAAAAAUUAAUUAUACAUUUUUACUUUUAAAUACAAUAUGUAGGUAUGAAACGAGAAAAUAAUUUUUAUAUUUUUAGUUUUGUUAUAUUACAAUAGAUAGAAUCACUUUUGAUUUUUUUACAAUAUACUUUUAUAGAUUUAAUUAUGUGAUAUAAAAAUAUUUAUUGGUUGAUAAAACAUUAUUAUUUAAAUAACUAGUAAAAUAACAAAUGAAAAUUAUCAUUUCUAAAUUAUAGCUAUUGAAUAUUUUGUAUUUUAAUUUUGAUAUUUAUUUUAUGUUAAAAGUAUAAGGGUCAUGCAAUAUGAUCAUUAAUUAUUAUUAGCCGUAUUUUAACAAAAAGCAUAAAUGUAAAAUGUAUUAUACUAUUGUCUUUCUGAUGAACUGAUUGUAAUUUAUUUUAAAAUAUUGUAUGUAUUAAUAAUAAAUAACUUUUUUUAACCUUU